AUGUCCAACUCGGGUGCUCGAGACAUUGCUGGGGCCGGGGGUGCCUCUCAAAGCAAGACGGCCCCAACUCCAGUCAACACUCCCCUGAACAACGCUCCUAUUUCCCAGGGCCUUUCUCGCCCUACGGUCCCGGAGACCAUCGAUGAAGAUGCGGAUAUGGCCGACGACGUUGAGGAGGGUGCUGCCGACCCAACCGCUCAGGCAAUCUAUAACCUUGUUUCGGGCCGCCUCGCUGGUCUCGUCGGCCGGUCAUCCGGAUAUGUAGAAAGCUUGCCCCCAUCGGUCAAGCGUCGCGUCGAGGGGCUCAAGGGGGUUCAGGACAAACAAACCGAGCUAGAAGCGAAACUGAAACGCGAAAUGUUCGAGCUUGAGAAGAAGUACCUUGAAUUAUACACGCCACUUUAUGAACGGCGUCGGGCUAUCCUGGCUGGAGAUGCGGAACCCACAGAUGAGGAAGUGGCAGCCGGUGAAGCCAUCACGGCCGAGGACAAGGAGGAAGAGGAGGAUGAAGAUGACGAACUUGCCCAGUCCUUGGCCAAGCUUUCGACCAAGAAACGCAAGGAAGAGCCAGAAGAGGUCAAGGAGCCUGAUACCCCAACAAAGGGCAUUCCUCAAUUCUGGCUUACCGCUCUCAGAAAUCACAUCGAGCUUCAACAGUUGAUUACCGAACGCGAUGAAGAGGCACUCGCUAGUCUGAUAGACGUCAAAUUGGAGUAUAUCACCGAGCCGGCUCUAGGAUAUAAGCUUACCUUUGUGUUUGAAGAGAAUUCGUUCUUCGAGAACAAGGAAUUGACCAAGAGCUAUUAUUACCAGAAAGAGCUUGGUUAUGGUGGAGAAUACAUGUACGCGCGAGCAGAGGGCACAAAGAUCAAAUGGAAAGAAGAGAAGGAUCUCACCAAGACUGUCGAGAUCAAGAAGCAGCGCAACAAGAACACAAACCGUACCCGCCUCGUCCGUCGUACCCAGGCCGUUCCAUCCUUCUUUGAUUUCUUCUCCCCUCCUGUUCCCCCUUCAUCCGAUCCUGAGUUGAUCGAGGCUGGGUUCGCUGUCGACGGCGACGAGCUUGAAGAGAAGGAGCUCGAAGAACUUGAAGAAAAGUUGGAAUUGGAUUAUCAACUUGGAGAAGAUUUCAAGGAAAAGAUUAUUCCUCGUGCUGUCGACUUUUUUACCGGCAAAGCGCUACGCUUUGAGCCCCAGUUUUCAGACGUGGAAGAAGAAGAGUCAGAUGAGGACGAAGACGAGGACGACAGUGACUCGGACGCCGGCCAGCCUCGACGUGCGCCCGCUGCUCCCAAGAAGAAGGGCGAAGCAGAAAAGGCCGAAGAGUGCAAGAACCAGUAA